AUUUGCGAGCACGGCAAACAAAAGUACAGGUGCAGACAAUGUCAUUUGAUAAAACCAAAGAGCUCCAUCACAUACUGCGAGCACGACCGCGAGAGGAGGAGGUGCAAAUUGUGCGGGGGCAAGGCCAUCUGUGAGCAUCAGAGACAGAGGACCAGCUGCAGGCAGUGCAAAGGAUCCUCGAUAUGUGAGCACGACAGGAGGAGGAGCAGAUGCAGAGAAUGCAGGGGCUCGUCCAUAUGCGAGCACUCGAGGCUGAGGAUAACGUGCAAGGAGUGCGGAGGGUCGUCGAUCUGCAUGCACAACACGUUCAAGUCGACAUGCGCGAUGUGCGGAGGGAGACAUAUCUGCCUGCACAAGGUGUACUGGAGGAACUGUAAGAUUUGC